AUGGACGCCCGACCGGGCGGGUUGAAGAUUGAGAGUGUGGGCUUGACGCCGUCUGGCUCGCCGCCUUCACUCGAUACGACGCAGCAGUCUUCGUCGUCGUCGACUUCGCUGCAGGAAAGUAGGUCGCCUUCUGCGCAUUCGAAAGAUACUCCGAAUUCGAGCCCUGCGUCUUCCUCUGCUGAGGGGUUUGAGAAGCCGGAAGAGGAGCGUAAUGAUGGUGCUGGGGGUCAAGAACAACGUGAGCCCAGGUUUCAGCGCAGAGUCACCUUUCCGGCUUCUCCUGUUUCUGGCAGUAAGGAAAUCCCAAAUGGUGAUGCGGUGCCUUCGGUGGCUGUCAACGACCGGGCUCCGGAUGUCGGGAGGUUUCGAAGGCGCAUGAGGAGGCAGCGGUUUACGUGGCUGCGAUGGCUUCAGAUAUGCUGUGAAUUCUUACUGGACCAUGCGUUUCCCAUUUUAGGCCUCGCAGUCGGUGCUGUUGGGCUGCUGUUCUUCGGUUGGCGACAGCUGAGACUUGCUAGCGCAGGUGUCCAGCUCCAGUACAUCCAGAUCUGCCAGGGGUGGGAUGAAGACAAGUUUGGCAAGCGGGAUGAGGCUUGCGAGGAAUACUUUCAUAAGUCGUCGAUAGGUCAGCUUAGACCGCCAUAUCACAUUCACAAAAGGGCGUUGAAAUCCGUCUUGGAGGUCGAGAAGCGGAUAUUACUCUCGCAUGCUGAUGGUGCUUGGAAACGCAUGGCCCACAAAGUACCUGUGCGACAAGAUCAAAGGAUGUUCCGCUCGUCAAACACUCUGAUGGUAGUGAUGGUUUUGUUGAUCAUUGCUUUCCUCUUGUUAGUGGUAAUGAUGCAGCGUACAAGGCAGCAGGCAAGAGAAGGCAAUCGGUUGCAGAGAUCCACACAAGAGCGAGUACAGAAUCUUGCGAGAGCAGAAUACCUGGGCCAGGAUUAUCGAGUGAAAAAGCAUCGACCGCAAAAGCAAGAAGACUUGUACAAAUUAGGCCAGUGGUUGCAGAGCUCGCGUACUUCGAGUUCGACUUCACUCAGCAGCGCGUCUGUCAACACCUCCACUGAUAGUCUGUCUCCAAACGAGAUCAGACGCAGAAGCACCCCGCGUAGAGUCAACAUCCGUCAUACACCCAACGAUGAAGAGGAAGCAUGUGAUGGUCUGAUCGAGCUUCCAUCCAAAGGCAACACAAAGAUUUUCUUUGAGCCAGACACCGGAGCAUUUAUACGUCUUUCGCCAUGGACAGGCCAAAUGACUGAUGACGAGGACUCUGACGAGGACACAGGACGUCGGGCAAAAUUGAAGCAUGCACUUCAGAGAGUAGGGUCAGGUAUGCACACUGGGCAGACCAAGCAAGCGAUCGCUAGGAUGGGAUCCGGUGCGGUUGCGCUGGGGGCAGGCAAGGGUCUUGGGGAUGAGAUCAAAGAGGAGAUCCAGGGCUUUGAGGAUAAUAUAAAGUCAUUCAUGUCUCCUGCGGGGACGUCAAUGCAGGGGAUGAUGUUGCAGGAUCCGGGAAUUGGGAAGUCUCACGCCAUUUAA